GGUUAGUUUCAGUUGCCUCCCAGUCGUCCGCUCUCGCUGUCGUGUGUUCUCGAUCGCGAGAAAUCGAAAACGAAAACCAAAACCAAUACGAAUACGAAUUUAGUUAAUGCCUCCGGAUAACCGGGAGAUAUGGUGAAACUCUGCGAUCCGAUAGGAAAAUCCCAGCGCGCGGCGCUAUAAAACUCAAGCGCAAGAUCGCUGGCAUACGGUGGCGUCUUUAAUUCCAUAAAAGCGCAGGCCCUCGCGAUUUUCGUGUCACUCAAAGCCGACGCACAGAAUCGAUAACUUGAAGAUCAAACGCAAUCUGGGAAUACCAGAAGCCUUGAUCAGUGCUUAAUAGCAAAUAACCAAUAACCAACCAAUAACAAACUAGCCAAGUCGAGACAUUUCCAUCAGUGAACAGCCAAAAACGGUUCCACUAAAGCAAAGCGACGAGAGAGCGAAACUAAAGUGAAAAGCAAACCGACUAAUUGAAGUGUCUGCCUGAGUCUCGCAAACGUGCAAAGGAAACAAACAAAACGGAAUAGACAGCAUAUCACAAAGAGCCACCGCGCAAAAUAUUUAUAAAUAAAUACCCACCGACGACAACUACGGCAACAGAAACUGAAACAGAAACUGAAACAGAAACAGAAACAGUAACCGCUAACAAUAUAAAAGCCCGGCAUUAACAUUUAGUCGUGCCAGUUUGUUUAUUUUUAAUAUACGCAAAGCCCAAUAAAAACGAUCAACAACAAAGUUGUAGCAAUAAGAAAAUUGGUAUAAGCCACUACCGAACCGCCAAUCUCCUGCUGUAUAUUAUUAUUAAUCCCCGACGCAGACGGUCGCCGUCCAUAGACUAUUUAUAUAUAUAUAUAGUAGUAUUCCCACUUGAUUACCUCAACAUCGGAAACAAUGACACCCAUGUGGCAGACGCUACUUAAAAUCCUGGUGCUGCUCUUCGCCAUGUUCACCGCGAUAGUUUUAAUCUGUAGCGAAAUGUCGAAGCGACACGAUGCCGAAUCGUUGGCAAUGAACGCAACUAAAGAACUGGCAGUGUUAAGGCACUUUUUAAUGCGACUGCAGCCCAAGAAGGCCACGGAUGUCGAAUCGAUGCCGAAAGAGCUUAAGGCCAUGGAAAAUGAUGCUGCCCUUGAAGACAUCUUCAUAGUGACGAAUGAACCGGGUGUUAUUCUCUGGAACACAACGACCGCCGACAGUGCACCCCUCAUGCCCAUACCCACCAAGAGCGGCGAUCCGCCGCAGAAUCAGUCCCCGAACCGCCAUUACCAUCAGUAUCACAGCCUGAGCCAGCCAGAUCAAUACUUCAAAGUGCAGCGCUCCCCGGACGGAAAGCUGAAUCUGGUAUUUAACGAUACGUUCGUCUAUUUGCAGGGGACAAAACCGGGCGCAGUGCAAGCGGACCAGCCGGAGAAGCCGGCCCAGCACCGAGUCCCCUCGAACACCUUUGUCUUCCCCGAUUCCUCAGGCACGUUUCGGUACCAGCCGUGCGGAAAGGAUAGCAACGAGGAGUCCAGGUCCUUCUGCACCCAGGUGGACGACUAUCCGGACCUGUCCGGCUUGAAAAUGAAGCUGGAGAACAAGUUUGCCAAGUUCUUCCUCGACGACCUCCAGCCCACGGACGUGAGUGCCCGCGUCGGCUCCCCCGAUGACGAUGAGGUGUUCCUCUGCAAGACCAACCGGCGGAUUAUGUAUCCCAAGAAGGGCCAACGGGCGGACAACACCUGGCAGUUGAUCGUCAAUAACGAGGAGUACAAGCAGGGCAUCCAGAUCGAGGAGUGCGAAGGAGCGGAUCAACCCUGCGACUAUACCGCCAACUUUCCGAAUACUUACAAACCCAUUUGCAAGCAGCACUACGUGCUGCAAAACCUAGCCAGCAUUGAGACCUCGGGCAAACUGGACGUAGUGCAGCAGACCUUCAAGAUCCCCUCCUGCUGCAAGUGUGCACUGAAGCGGGUUUAAAUCGGCAGGCGGGGAAUGUCCAGUCGAAAGCUGCGAAAAUGUGAUUUUGAGCGUCAAGUUUCACCCACCACAGGAUGGCAGGCCAAACUGUCCAGGGGUCGUUGUUUUAUAUUAUAAUCUGUACUUUUGUAGCUUUUCCACGCCCACAAAAUGCAAUUGUAAUCUGCUCGUUAAUGCAGAAUCCACGCUUAGACUAAUAUGCAUUAAAAUUAAGAGAUUUAAGUCGAGUCACUGUAAACAUAUUCGUGUCAUAUACAUACGUUUUUGGCUUCCUCGUUUGAUGUCUAAGCUAGAAAUGCAAGUAAUUAGUCCUAGAUUACAAACAAAAAAAAAAAAAAAAAAAAAAAAAAAACUAUCUAGAAAAUGUAUGUUAAAAAAGAGAUAAUGUAUAAUAAAUGUAUGCAAGUACAUGACAGCAAA